GUGCCCGCGGCGGGCGACGCGCGGGGCCUCCAGAGGGCCGCCCCGCCGCCUGGCCCCGGCCGCCGCGGGGGCCCCGCGGCCGGGCGGCUCGGUGGCGACUCGGACUCGUGCUGGGCGACCUCGAGCCAGGCCUACGGCUCCUUCUGGAAGGCCGUACCCCUGGAGCCGAAGGUGGUGGAGAAGCGGCCGUCGCCCGCUGCGUCGGGCCCUCCGGACGAGGAGAGGUGGCCCAGAAGCGGCACCGGCUGACGAAGCUCCUCCGGAGGCACGGCGUCAGGGAGCGGCCGGUAAAGGGCGACGGGUGCUGCCAGUUCCGCGCGCUCGCCGACCAGCUCUACGGCGACGAGGCACACCACCCGCACCUGCGGGAGCAGGUCGUCGCGCAGCUGCAGAAGGCUCACCGGCGCUACCAGGGGUUCGUGCCGGGCCGCUUCGAGGACUACCUCGCCGAGAUGUCGCGGGCGGGGACGUGGGGCGACCACGUGACGCUGCAGGCGGCCGCUGACGCGCUCGGAGUGAGGAUCCACGUCCUCACGGACCACCUGACCGACGCGUUCAUCGAGGUGCUGCCGGCCGAGCCCAAGACAGAGGACAGUAGGGUGCUCACGCUGAGCUUCUGGUCGGAGGUGCACUACAACUCGGUGUGCGAGUGGCACGGCGGCGCCGAGCGCUGA